AGGUUAAUUUAAAAGUGAACAACCCCUUUCAAGGUUCUGCCACUAAUUCUACUUUGUAUCUUUGUGCAGCAGAAGAAACAUAAGAGACCUUCAGUGAUUGGUCCUUUUGUAUUUGUGAUGCUGAUGCUGAUUGGGCUACUCCCUUGUUGUGAGACCACAUCAGCUGUGAAACGCAUCACAUUAUUCAGGCACAAAAUCGCACUUAAGGCUGGUACUCGGAGUCUACUUCCCUGCACGUUCUACUCCGACAGUGCAGUUAAUCCAGCCGAACUUGAAUUAGAAUGGGAGAAGGUUCCUGUAGGUGGGGGGAAGUACACCCCUUUAAUCCACCUUUACAGCAACAGUGUUGAGACCUACCAUGAGAACAGUGAGAAAUACCAGCUCUUUGUCUCUCUGGUGUCUAGUGGGAACUGUACUCUGAUUAUCAAUCCCACAGAAGACACGGACAGUGGAAUAUAUGAAUUCUGGAUGUCGGUGAAUGAGGAACUGUAUGAACCCUCUUCCAAGAUCAAAGUUGACAUUUUGGAUGAAAAGAAAACUUCUUCUCAAUCAUGGGCAUUUUGGUCCAAGAAAACUACAACCGCUCCAACCACUACAACUACUAGAACAACUCCAACUACUAGAACUACUACAGCCAUUACAACUAGUAGAACUACUGUAAGAACCAGCACAAAGCCGCCAGCUACAGACAGCAGUGAUAACGCCAUGAGCGCGGUACCUGUAGCGCUGCUCAUUGUCCUACCAGCGCUUGUGCCAGCCAUAGUCAUUUUAGGACUUGUAAGUUAUCUGUAUUGCAAACUGAAGUUUAAACGUGAAUCUGUGACUGUAGAAAACCCACAAGUGAGCACCCCAGCAACAGAGUCUCAGAGUGCAACAACUCUUGAAGCUGAGGAGGAAAUUGAUGAAGAGGAAACUAGUGAAGAAGAGGACACUAGUGAAGAAGAGGAAACUAGUGAAGAAGAGGAAACUAGUGAAGAAGAGGAAACCACUAAAGAAAAGGAAACUAAUGACAAAGCCACUAAUACAAUGCCGCCAGCUACAAACAGCAGUGAUACCACCAUGAGCGAGGUACCUGUAGUGCUGAUGGUUGUUGUACCAGUUUGUGUGCCAGCCAUAGUCAUUUUAGGACUUGUAAGUGCAACAACUCUUGAAGCUGAGGAGGAAAUUGAUGAAGAGAAAACUAGUAAAGAAGAGGAAACUAAUGAGGAUGGCAAUGAAAAGUAAUCUCUUAAAGAGAAGCCAAGUGAAAACAAUGAAAAAGAAUAUAAAUCGUUGUCUCCAGAACCAGGAGUGGAAUAACGGGGUACCAUGCCCACAUCGGUUCAUCUGGUGAUGUAGAGAAGCCUGCUCCGGUGAACUGACAGCGUAUGGGCAUGGUACCUACAUUGUACAGGCCACAAAGGGUGGCAAAUGUGUAGGACCGCAUCAUAAGAAAGAAGGGAGCUGCACAGAAUUGGGGGAGAUUUAAAUCGCUGUCAAAUCUUCCUACCCAAUGCGGCUCCCUUUGGUGCGGGGGUGGGUUAGGGGCAUACGUGUACGUAUAGAUACUUGUGUAGAUCUUCAUAGCACUAUAGUGGUGCUAGAGCUGUAUCUAUUUAAAUGAAAAUAAAAAAAUAAAAUGUAAAAAAUAAAACUUUUGCCCCUGUCAUUUAAAGGUUUUUUUUUUAGUGGACGCUGAGAUGUGUUCAAUAAUAUCUUCUCCUGUCUGCUGAGAAAAUAGGUGUUAAGACCCCUAAUGCCCAGUUCCAUGUCUGGCACAUAUACAAAGAGAAAAAAAGUUUGCCAGCGCUUAGUUUGC